CAUCCCCUUCCCUUUCUCUUUCUCUCUUAGGAUUCCAAACAAACCCUUCUUCAACUUCUUUCUCCCACUUUUUACCCUAACCUUUUAUAUAUACAACAAGCCCUUCUCCUAGUUUUACUGUUUCCAAUAUUAUUAUAUAUAUAAACACACACACAUGCCCGGUAUCUAAGAAAGAGAGAGAAUACAAGGCCUUUGCUUUCAUUUCUGGUGUCUAACAUAUUGCAAUUAGAGAGCUAUCUAGUUAGCUUCUUCCAUAUUCUUCUUCUCCUUUUCUUAUCCCUUCUUCUUUCACCUCCUCCUUUCAGUAGAGAAGCUUGAGAGACAUGUCGACCUGUGGCAUCAUCGAUGUUGCGCCUGCUUCUGAGCAAUUGUGCUACAUCCCUUGCAACUUCUGCAAUAUUGUUCUUGCGGUGAGUGUUCCAUGCAGCAGCCUGUUUGACAUCGUGACAGUCCGAUGCGGGCACUGCACUAAUCUUUGGUCUGUCAACAUGGCCGCUGCGUUUCAAUCACUCUCAUGGCAAAAUCUUCAGGCUCCUGGCCACUGCAACCCAGAGUACAGAAUUGACACGGGCUCCACUUCCAAAUGCAACAAUAGGCUUGCAAUGCGUGCUCCCACCACUCAUCAUGUCACUGAGGAAAGGAUUGUCAACCGCCCUCCCGAGAAGAGGCAGCGUGUACCUUCUGCUUAUAAUCAGUUCAUAAAGGAAGAAAUUCAGAGGAUCAAGGCUAACAAUCCUGAUAUCAGUCACCGAGAAGCGUUUAGCACAGCUGCAAAGAACUGGGCACAUUUUCCUCAUAUUCAUUUUGGGCUCAUGCUGGAGAACAACAAUCAAGCUAAGAUGGACAAUGUCUCUGAGAAGCAUUUGAUGUCAAGGGCUGCGCUGUUGAACAAAUGAAAGCUAUCUUAACCAUAUCUAAGGACUUCAUUUUCGUUUAAUCUGAGUCUUGUCACAAGAAACAAUAUUAAUUGUCCUCUCUAUUAAGGACAGUUAGCUCUUUUUUCGUUAAUCAUAUCAGUGUACUUGUCACUGUUUGCUACUUGUUUAGUGAAUGUUUUUAAUUAAUUAAUAUCAAGUCAGAAUGCUACAAUUUCGCUUUUCA